CGGGCUCGUGAGGGUACAGGGUGUGUGUUCAGUUUACGCAAGUGGACACGCAGAUGAUGACCAGGAGGGCGGGGAUUGGUUAAUGGAAACAUGUCCGUGAGACGCUCCAAAGUUGUGAGCGCAUUUAACUGAGCCAAGAAGAGACAGUGGAGACGAGCUGAACAACAUCGACUGAACCAAGUGGAGCCACAAGCGCGCGCAUUGGACACGUUUAUUGCUGAAAGAGAAAGGAUGAGCGUGCCGUCCCUCAGACAACUUUGCGCUUUGUGUUUGCUUUGGUGCUUCGGAUGUUGGAGCGCGACAGAUGCAAGUCCUUACAGAGACUGGGAAGAUGGUAUUCAGUUCAGACCGGUUCGGGAUGUCCAAAACGAAGAUUUGAAUGACAUUUUGUGGAGAGAUCAAAAUGAGGAACAAGUCCAAAAUGUUUUCAAAAGAUUUCUGUUUCAUUAUUCCAAAGCUCGUAACUCUGUGGGGUCUGUACAGCAGGAGAAUCACUCACCCUCAGUUCACCCUCUGUUGCGACUCUCUCCAAAACUGUCCCAAAGAAGAAAGAAGAAAGUGGUACUUUUGAUUAGGGCACUGCCGGAGGACAUGUUGUAAGAAAAAUGUCCCACUAAAGGAACAAAAUUAGACCCAAGAAGAAUAAGAAGAAGAAGGCGCCAUGAGCUCUGGUGAACAGAAGACCCAAAACUCCAGACAGAGGUGGAGCGAUUGUGGACUCUAAAUAAAUGAUUGUACAUUUGCCAAACUUAGCAUAACACUGCCAUGCCACUGUCCUGUGUGUCUUCCUGCUUGAAAGGAUAGGUCAGUAUUUUAGCACAAGGGGUUUCCUUAUACGCUGGAUAAAUAAAUAGUAUGUUUUCUUCUUGAAUGUUGCAAACAGGAUCAACAAGAACAGAUGUAAAAUAAUCAUAUUCAUGUAUUUUGGCUACCUGUGAUAUACUAUUUAAGAUAUAUUUUGUUUUAAAUUGUUAAUCGAUAUGGCAGCGGUCCUAAUUUUUUAUUAUUCGGGACCUAUGGAUAAAACUCAGCAUUCAGGAAUAAGGGUGCACUGUUUAAGUUUUCUAGCGGAGGGUCCAUAACAUGGCAUGAAACUGGAACAAUCCUUGAUUUAAUAAAUGACAGGAGUUUCAAAUUCGAAAAAAAACAUUUCAAUUUCGCUGGGUUGUCUCUCUAGAUGUCAUGGUGACACAUGCUGGUCUUCAGGGAGAUAUGAAUUUGUAAUCAAACCAAUAAAUAAAAUGAAUAGAUUAAUUUCUACUUCUACUUGCUUUUACUGCACCUAGUUCUUUUUUGCUGGUCUGCUAAUAAUUCUCUAAUAUUGAUGUUUGUUACCUGUUUAAGGCACCAUUUUCAGGACUGGCAAUUCAAAUUGUUUUUGAUUUUAUCUGCUAUGGUAACUUUUACUUAAUUACUAACCCCAAGUAUAAGAUCUCCAUUACAAAAUACUGUCCUAUGUCUAUAAUGUUCACUGUCUCGCACACAAGUUCCCUAUGUCGCACUUUGAGAAAAACACCAUUGUCUGAAUAUACAAGGGAACCAGGUUUAAAUAAAAAUCGUUUAUAACCUGUAAAAAAACCUAUUACAAGAAGUCGCAUGCACAAAAGCUGGCAUGAUUAUUGUGGCAAAGAGAUUAAACUUAGAUUCUUUCAAAUGUAUUUAAUGUGGCUUUUUGACACAUGAACAUAAUAAAAAAUAUCUAAUUUGUUUUGAA